AACUCAAACCGCGUCAUACUUCGCCAACUCCGCGAAUUCUAAGAACCUCCUUCCCACAAGGGGUGCUCAGCCCUCGAAAUCGCUCAUUAUCGCCCAAUUCAGCAACAAACCGGCGCGCAAGAAAAAUCCCACCCUCAAUAAGAACCUUCAGCACACCAGCCAACCCUAUACAACUCUAGAAAAGAAAACCCGGGGAAAAAAGCAAAAAGAAAUCCAAAAUGGUCCGCAUCAAACACCGCUACCUCCUCCUCGACAUCCUCUACCCCGAUCCCACCUCAUGGCCACCCUCAACCACAGCGCCCAAAAAUGUACCACUAAACGCACAAUCCCAAUUGCAAAUCCACUCGCCCACAUCCGACGCCCUGACGCCGAGUUUACUCGCGAAGAUGGUGAGGGAGGAAGUCGCAGAGAUAUUCGGUGAUUGGGGCGUGGGGAGACUGGGUGGUGUUACCGCUGGAGGUGUUAGUGUUAAAUAUUUGUCGCCUGCGACUUCGACGGCUAUUAUUCGUUGUCCGCGGGCGUCGUUCCGGCUUGUUUGGACUGCGCUUACUUAUAUGUCUCGGGUGCCGGAGUAUGGGGAUUCGAAUCGGUCGAGGCGGUCGGAUGUUCCGUUAACGAGGCCUUGUGUUUUUCGGGUUAUUAGGGUUUCUGGGACGAUGCGGAAGGCGGAGGAAGAGGCGAUUCGGCGGGCGAGGAAGGAGAUUGUGCGGUUGAGAGGCGCGGAGGAGGUUGGGGUGCUUGGGGGUUUAGUUGGUGGGUUGGAAUCUACGGAGGACUCUGGUGUUGUUGAGGAUGUGAUGGUGGAUGAAGAAGAGGAUCUUGAUAUGAGGAGUGAUGGGGAGGAUUGAUGGUCUUCUCUAGGAUAA